UUGGAGUUAAUGGAGUCAGAAGAACCCUCAAAGAGUUCAGAAUUUUUCUCACAGCAAGAAGAAGUCCUAGAGCCAGAGGAAACAGGACGUGAACCGCCUCUUACAACUGCCCUCACAGGGGAUGUAAAAUGUUUGCAGAAGGUUUUUGAGGAUUCCAAGAAUCAUCAUCAUGAGCAGGCCAUGUACCUACUCUUAGAAGAUGUUAUUGGGAGGAAUUUUCUGUAUGCAGCUUGCAUGGCUGGGCAAAGUGAUGUGAUUAGCGCUUUGGCAAAAUAUGGUGUGAAUUUGAAUGAAAAGAUUGCCAGAGGGUAUACACUCUUACACUGUGCUGCAGCCUGGGGUCGUUUGGAAACCUUAAAAGCACUGGUAGAACUGGAUGUUGAUAUAGAAGCUUUGAACUUUCGGGAGGAAAGAGCUCGAGAUGUUGCUGCUAGGUAUUCCCAGACUGAGUGUGUUGAAUUCCUGGACUGGGCAGAUGUAAGGUUGACUCUGAAAAAAUAUAUUGCCAAGGUUUCUUUAGCCAUUACUGAUAUAGAAAAGGGAUCAGGGAAGCUUCUUAAGGAAGACAAGAAUACCAUCCUCAAUGUGUGCCGUGCAAAAAAUGAGUGGGUGGAAAUCCAUUCAGAAGCUUCCAUUAAUGAACUUUUUGAACAGAGACAACAAUUAGAAGAUAUUGUGACUCCUAUCCUUACAAAAUGGCUACACUAUGUAAGUUUUGGACAAAAUGAUUUGAAUGUUAGAAAAGUUGAAAAUUAA